AUGAGAGCCGAACCUUCGUCGGUGUUAGAGGAACAGUCGAGGCUUACUUUAUUUUGUGUUACUAAAACAAACACAUACCCUGUAAACAUACAAUGGUUAUUUGAAGGAAAUAUACUUCAAGAGGAGGACAGUGAUGCACUAUAUAUCGAAAAGUUAAACAGGAAUCAAUUUGGAGAAUACAGUUGCCGAGCAACUAAUCGAGUUGGAGCCGGCCAAGCAAACAUUAACAUCACAGUGAGAUAUAAACCUUAUCUACAAGAUUUUGAAAGCCACCCUCAAUCUUUUGAAGCCGUUAUCAAUCAUCCUACUCCUGUAGAGAUAAUGAUUCAAAGCUUUCCUAGACCUAAAUGCGCUUGGACAAGAAAUAAUGGUGGAAAGCUUGCCAGCAUAAAAGUUACCGAAAUCAGACCAGAUGUUUUUGCAAUUUCAUCAACAGUUAUGCUCCAAAAGGAAAGUCAGUUUGGGAUGUAUGAGAUUAGAGCAAGAAAUCCAUAUGGUAGUUUGGAUAUCAAAAUAAACCUUGUCUCUCUGAUUGUCAGCAUCCGUCCAUUAAAUAUCAACUGUAAUGUUUCGUCUACGAUAGAACUGCAGUGCUUUUUAAAUCUUAAUGCUUCUUCCAAUUGGACAAGUAUGUGGCUACAUUCGAUUAAAGGCAACAAACUAGAAGAACGAACUGGAAUAACACUGGGAAACAAAUCAACGUUGACAAUAAACUUCUGUGAUUUUCAAGACAUUGGGGACUAUACCUGUACCUGGAGUUCAGGAAUUAAAAUCUAUUCCUCAACAUACCCAGCAACAGUUGGAGUUUAUGGAUCUCCUAUUCUUUCAUCUCAGAAUGUAGACCUUCAGAGAGACGACAGUUUAUUGCUGAGUGUUAAGUUUUAUUCAGUGCCAAAACCCAUUUCCAUAAUUUGGCUUGAAAACGACAAACGCCUCCAUCUUAAUAGAAGUUCCUUAAUGAGGACAAGCAUUGCUCUUAAAAUAUCUGAAACAGAAGUGCAAUUUGAUGGAUUUUCCAGCAAUCUUUUACUAGAAGAACCAAUAUUAUAUGAUAGUCAGUUUAGUUGUGUAGUUACAAAUGAGUACGGAUAUAUGGAUGUUCUAAUAGACAAACGUCUGUUAGUAGGUUUAAUUAAAGACGGUAACACCAUCACAAAAAUAAUUCAGACGUCAACCUUAUCAAAGAGAAACACAAGUUCAUUAAAACCUGCUGGAUAUACAGACGAACCUACACACACAUUAACUGGAAUGCUGACCAAUGACCAGAUUUACAUUAUGAUUUGCGGUGUUGUUCUCGUUAUUCUUUUUAUUGUGAUGACAGUCUUCAUAAAAAACCAAAUUCGAAUUAAUCAGGUCCACAAGAGAACAGAUCAACAACCAGUGGUGCCAUUGGUAGCAUUAAAUUAUCAAGAACGUGAAAAGUCUUCUGAUGUAUCAGACUUACCUCAGCGAAACAUUGAAAAUCCAGAAUAUGAGGAAAUCCAAUUCAUUCCCUUCGAAGUAGAGACAGAAGACUAUUUAACACCAGAACACGAUAGCAGUAAAAGUGGCAGUGACUCAAGCAUAGAAAGGCAAUAUUUAGAAUUAGACCACGAUAGCAGUAAAAGUGGCAGUGACUCGAGCAUAGAAAGGCAAUAUUUAGAAUUAGAUCCACCACAUACGUAUGAAGAAAUAAGUUUGUCAAGAAGAGACCUACAAGUUUAUAGUACGUGUGAAGAUAUAUUAGAGUAAACGCAGUACAUGUAUAUUUAUAUUAGUGAUGAGACGAUGUUUUUUUGUGUGUGAAAAAGUGUGAAAUUGUAAAUGUUUUGAAAUGUAUAUAAA